AUGUCGCAAUCAGCAGCACAGGGAUCCGACAUUGCCGAGAUGAUGCAUCGGCUCAAGACAAGACUGGCACUGGCCAACUUUAAGCGGCAACACGGGUACGAAAAGUACGACUUGCACACACUCGAAUUGAGCCUUUUCCAAAGCACCGAGCCACGAAGGAAAAAGAGCAAGAGAAAAGAUGAUGACAAUGACGACAACCACAACGACGCCGUUCCCAAUUACUAUCGUCCACGCUACUAUUCCAACAGCAACAGCUGCAUACAUAACAAUAGCCAUUUACAGCUACAACAACAACAACAACUUACUCCAGUCGAUGACGCUUCCUCACCCUCACCCCCGAUAAGAGCGACGCGUAGUACGCCGUUGUAUAGUAUCCGAAGCCCUCUUUCGGCCAAGCGAAGUACAUCGCCUAGAUACCGCUUCCAGCAGCAACACCAUCACAGCAACAGCAGUUACCGACCUAUCAAAAAGUCUGCAUCUACAUCGACUGCUACUGCUAGACUUGCGGCAGCUUCUAGUAGUAGUAGUAGUAGUAGUAGUAGUAGUAGCAGUAGUACGACACUUAUGCCAAGAGGUCGCCCACACAAUAACAUGAAAAACAAUGAUAGCCACAACGAUGCUGCCAUGGUGUUCUCCUCGGAUGAGGAAGAUGCGGCCAACUUGCUGGUCAUGCUACACAACCACCAUCAUUCAAUCUCAUCCUCAUCCUCAUCAACAGCAGCAACAGCGACACGACCCAGCAUGCCCGCAUGA